AUGGUGAUUGAUGAAGGUCAUCGAAUGAAAAAUCAUCAAUCAAAGCUCUCACAGACGCUAACACAACAUUACACGACGCUGCGACGCUUGCUGUUGACUGGCACCCCGCUGCAAAACAAUCUGCCUGAACUCUGGUCCCUUCUCAACUUUCUUUUGCCUACCAUUUUCAAGAGCAUGGCCAACUUUGAAGAAUGGUUCAACAGUCCCUUUGCGGGAAGCAAUGAAACCCUCGAACUGAGUGAUGAAGAGAAGAUGCUUGUGAUCCGCAAGCUGCACAAGGUCUUGCGACCUUUUCUGCUGCGCCGUUUGAAGAAAGAUGUGGAGACGCAACUUCCCGAUAAAGUUGAACACAUUCUAAAGGUUGAGAUGUCGGCCCUUCAACGUCAGCUUUACAAGCAAAUGCAUAACACCAUUGUGCAGCUGCGCAAGAUCUGCAACCACCCUUUCCUGUUUCAAGAAGUCGAGCAAGAUUUCUCGACACAUGUGCAUCAAAAACCAAUCGCCAUCCAAGACGUGGAUCUGUGGCGCGUGGCUGGCAAAUUUGAGCUGCUGACGCGCAUGUUGCCCAAGCUCAAGGCGACUGGACACCGAGUGCUUAUCUUUUGCCAAAUGACCAGCCUCAUUACCAUUCUGGAAGAUUUUUUCCCACUGAUUCAAAUUCGAUCCAUGCGACUGGAUGGUGCCACCAAGGCAGACGAACGCGCUUCUUUAUUGCAACAGUUCAACGCUGCUGAUUCCGACUAUGAUGUCUUUGUGCUCUCGACUCGUGCGGGUGGCCUCGGGCUGAAUCUUCAGACAGCCGACACCGUCAUCAUUUUUGACUCCGACUGGAACCCUCAUCAGGAUCUUCAAGCGCAGGAUCGUGCGCAUCGCAUUGGACAGCAAAACGAAGUGCGAGUCUUUCGUUUCGUCACAGUUCAUAGCGUUGAGGAAUCGAUUCUGGAGGCAGCCCGCUUCAAGCUGGACGUUGACCAAAAGGUCAUUCAAGCAGGCAUGUUUUCAGGCCAAAAGGUUGACGCCAAGGUCCGCCAGGACUAUCUGAAACAGCUCCUUGAGAACGAGCGGGUUGAUGACGACGACGACGACGGCGAGGAAGAAUCGGAGACUGUGACGUAUCAACAGCUGAACCGGAUGAUGGCCCGAAAUGAAGAAGAGUUGCAAACGUAUAACAGGAUGGAUGAGGAAAUGAAUGAAAAUGACAAGCAUUGGCAGAAUGAGAGACGCCAGCAACGCCUGGUUGCCAUGAGCGAGCUCCCGAAGCACUUUGUCGACGAUCGCUUUGUCAAGUCGGUGUCCGACUCUAUCAAGGGCAAGACGGUUGAGCCUCUAGCCGCGCAUCGAAAGCGUCGCACGGUCAAUUAUGCAGACGAGCUGACGGAGGAGCAGUGGCUGGCCAAGGUAGAAUCGGGCGACAUGGCGGAGGAGCUCGAAGCAGAACACGCGGCAAAGCGCAGCAAACUUGAUUUGGAGAACACUGAUUCUCAAGACGGCAUGCGUCUGAGUUUCACAGCCGCUCUACGAGGCGAUGAAAACACAAACGAUGGUCUUGGCACGGAAUCUGAAGCGCCCAAGG